GUGCACGAUCUGAAGCGGCUCAGGCCGAGAGGAUCGCCCGAGGCAUCGCGCGGCGCAAAGCUACAGCGCAGCGCGAGGGAGAGGCUUGGCAGGGUCAGAGGCCAAGCGAGCUGCCAGCGCCCCCGAGCCCGCCGGCCGAGGAGCGCAAGGAGGCAGCAGACGCUGCCAAGGAGGAGAAGUCAGAGGAAGACUCCCCGGCAUCUCCAGAGCCAGCAGGUCCGCUUCCGCAAGAGGAGCCUGCAGUAGCUGGGAUCGUUGAGGCUGGCCCAAGGGUCAAGCUUAUCGAGCGGCCUCAGUGGGCGCCCCUAGGGGCUGGCAAGCCAGCUCUGGAGGAGCAGGACAGGGAGCGGGAGGAAAAGCCCAAGGCCAGGGCCAGAGGUUUCAGCCCAGUGCGGGAGUCUCCGCCUGGAGCAUCGGACUCGGCCAUUGAGGACUUCAAGCGCAAGUGCAAGCAAGCGCUCAUUGCGAGCCGCGCUGGUCAGGUGCAGGCCCCACCUCCAGUCGCAAGGCUGAGAGCGGGCAGUGCCGCCUCGAGCUCGUUGGAGCUGGAGUUCGCCGCUCAGAUGCAGGAACUGGUCUCUCAAGUUCAAGCUCUGACGCAUGGCCUAAGCACCCAAAGCGAGGCCCUUCGCCAAAGCGAAGCAGAGCGACAAGCCCUCCGAGCCGCCUUGGAGGCGUCGCAGGCCAAGACCACAGAGCUCACCAACGCCGUCGCUCAGCUGAUGCUAGCCCAGGGUCAGGCCGCGCAAAGACCAAACGGUCCAAGCGCGACCGCUGCCGCCGGUAAUAGACCGAGCGGGAUCAUGCAUCACAUGGAUGUGAUGAAGGCUGUCCGCACGCCGCAAAAUUUGAAGGAUCGCGACGGGUCGGAAAAGUUUGUAUUCCAAACGGAAACGUAUCUAGCCUUCAUGGAUGGUAGCAUGCCAGAGGUUUUGGAAAUGAGUCGCAAAGCGACAGACUUUCUGGAUCCGGACGAGAUGUCCGAGGACACACUAGACCGCUCGCGCAAGCUGUUUGCUAUGUUAGCGAGUUGGGUGCAAGAUUGCCCGGCAGCAGCCAAGCUGUCACGAGGCAUUCGACAGCAGAACGGAUUCGAACUUUGGCGCCUCCUGUUUCGCGAAUUUGCUCCUGAGAGCCACUCCAAAGCGCUGAUUUGGAGAAGAACUCUUUUGAGUCCCAAGUUUCCUGCAAAAGAAGCUGAGUUCAGCGCAGCCCUCCAAGAGUGGGAGGCAGACUUGGACCGGUAUGUGUCCGAGUACGGACCAAGUAAGGCCAUAGCCGAUGAAGACAAGCGGGCCGUGGUCAUCACCGAGGCACCCGCAGCUCUCAGGCAACACCUGGCGAUGCACGCCGCAGUGCUGAAUAGCUACGAAGCUGUCCGCGACGCAGUGGUUGGUUACUUGCAAGCCAAGCGAGUAUGGAGCCCAUCAGCCACGUACGCGGGAAACACUGCCCGGAAAGACGCCAUGGACAUUGGCAAGGUGACUGCGGGCCCCUCCGCGUCCCAGAUAGCUCCGGCGCCCAGUGCCGCGUCCAGCGUGCGUGGAGCGGUGCGAACUGUGAGCGAGGGAACCUCUUCCAUUCGCAUGCUGCGAGUGUCUGAGGGAAAGGGGGACGCCAAGAUCCCGGGCGAGAUCCUCGCGUUCCACAACCAGCCGGGUUGGCAUGGCUUGCCGAGCCAGAAGGUUUAUGUGGUUUGUGGCAAAAGCCAGCGCAUCAGAAAGAAAGUCACGCCUGGACCACAACACAAGGUCUAUGGUUUGAGAACCACUUGGCAACUGCAUGAUAUGCGCCAGCAGUGGGACUGCAUCGAACACAGGGUCAAGUGGAAGAACUUGACCAACCCCCAUGAGACAUUCUCUGGCACUGGAGUUCGGGCCAUCAUGUUGUUUGAGCAGAACCCUGGUGCGUCCACGGUCGCCCGGGUAGGUGAUCUCCUGGUGGACACCGGAGCGUGUACUUCCGUAUGCCGUCCCGACGCAUUCAAGGCGGCAGUUGACCCGACCGUGGUCGAGUCUCUGUACUCGGUCGACGACAGUCCGCUACACGCGUGCUGGGAGGUCCGCCCGCAUCUCACCAUUGGGAGCGGGCAAAGCCGCCAGGAAGCGCAAAUAGCUUUCCAAGUGGUCGAGGGAAUUACCGACAACAUCCUUUCGAUCAACCGAGCCAUCGAUGACGGAGCAAGCAUCCUGUUUUCGCCGCAGGAUUGCUACAUCCAAUGGCCGGAUGGGCUGCGGCAGAGCACAGCAGCGAUGACGAUGAACUGCCUGCAGCAGAAGCAGAGCACCCAGCUGAGGAGGAGGAAGCCGCUGAUGGCGACUUGGAAGAGGAAGCGCUGGUGCCUGAAGCGCCAGGGCCUCUCGCAGCAGAAGCGCCUCCAGCGUAAAAGCAAGGAAGACCCCCACAGGCGAAGAGCCAAUGGGGACAUCGGCGUGGAGAAGACACCGGUGAUCCAAAUUGACUACCUGUUCCUUGGAAGGAACGCCGCCGUGGUGGAGGAAGAGUUAAGUCUCUUCACCAUGCUGGUCGCUAUAGAUGUGGACUCUGGAUGGCCUUUUGCCCUCCAGAUUCCUAGGAAGGGCCUGGAGCACGGCCAGUAUGUGCUCAACAACUUGACGUUGUGGUUGAACAACCUCGGGCACGACAAGGCCGUGGUGCAGCAUGACGCUGAAAACACCAUAGGAGCCGUAGCCAAAGCUUGGCAGCGCCAUGUUGGAGCAGCAAAGCUAAAGAUAAGGGCUGCGCCUGUCAGGUCGCACCAGUCGCAGGGUUCUGUCGAAUCGGCGAAUGGCUUUGUGGCAGGCCAGAUCCGAACCUUGUGGGCAGACGUGCAGGAGCGGUAUCCUGAGCUGGAACCAACUCACAACGUCAUGCCAUGGUUGGUCAAGCAUGCAGCGUGGCUAAUAAGCCGAUACCACGUGCGAGGGCAAGACCGGUGCACUCCAUUCAAGUUGGUGAACGGUCACGACUACGCCAAGCCCAUUUGCCAUUUUGGCGAGGUCGUUAUGGCAAAAGUUCCCCUGGCCGAAAGCAAACUUGCCAGGAAGUGGCUCAAAGGGAUAUGGUUGGGCAAGUUGGAGAAGGACGACAGCCAUGUCAUCGGCACUACCGCCGGGGCAAUCGCUGUGCGGUCCGUCCGCCGCUUGCCCAGUGCGGAACAGAUCAACAACGAUCUGAUGGCCUGCGUGCGUGGGCUACCGUGGAAGCCACGAGAUGGCAACCGAGUCGCCCCACGUGAGACGUCAAGUGUCGUGGUCAUGCCAGCGCCUCCCCACGCAGCCCUCCAUGGAGAGCAAGGAGAAGGCGGAGGAGAUCCACCGCGCAUCGCGGACGAUGGAGCUGACAUCGACCUAGACGCAGCAGCCGUGGAGGCAGCGGCGGUCAUCGAGGAAAUGUCGGACUGCAGCCCGAGCGCGCCAGAAGGCGAGCCGCCCGUAGCGGGAGACACCGCCGGAGCAGCGCCCUCUGAUCCCUUCAGGGGGGCGGCGUGGUUGCUGGAGAUCUGGGAAGCCAUCCAGAAAUGGGGCGAGUUUGACGAAGCGUCGAACCCUUUUGCGAUGCAGCGCAUCAGCAACGUAGCUGACUAUGUGGAUCAGCUCCUCAACCCUGAGCAGGUCCACAUAGCGCGCAAAGCGCAGCUCAAGAAGUUGUGGGAUAAGAAGGCAUUCACGCCCGUCCUUCGAGAGGAGAUCCCCAAAGGUUCCCAGAUCUUCCACCACAAGUGGGUUGACAAAAGCAGCCGAGGGGUGUACAAAAGUCGCUUCACGUGCGCAGAUGUGAAAGCGCGCUACACCAAAAGCCAGGAGGAGAUGAACGUGUUCGUCCCUACUCCAACGCCUGAGAGUCAUGCGCUCCUUGAGGUGUAUGCCCUGGCGCACGGAUACCACACGAGGUCUUUGGACAUUGUAGCCGCGUUCCUGAUCGGCGCGGACAGGGGAGCCGCCGAAGGCAAUCCCGUCUAUGUCCGAGCACCAGUGGAGUGGCAAGAGCUAUUCGAGAAAUGGCUUGCGGGCCUAGCGCCGGCGGAUCAAGCCAAGUACCGCCACCGCUUCAAGGACCUGCUGUUCCGCCUAGACGGAAACCUGUACGGACGCCGACCAGCAGGUUCCGUGUUCAGGAACGAGCUUGAGGACAUCUUGCUCAACAAGCUGGACAAGAAGCGCUACCACUUCGUGCGGGGCGAGAAAGACCCGACGGUCUACCGCUGCACGAAGAGUGGAGUCGUGAUCGUGCACCACAUCGACGACUUCAGAGGUACAGGCCCAGACGACGCCUUGGACUACCUCUACGAUGUGGAGUUGCCGAAGUACUGCGAAGUUCAGAGUGGGGAACUUGAGCGGGUCGGCACUGUUGUGGAAGUGCUGAACCGAACCAAGAUCCGUCUGGAGGACGCCAUCCUCACACAAGCAGAUAAGGUGCAUGUCGAGAACAUCAAGAAUGCGCUCGGGGUCACCAAGGAAAGGUCCGAGGUGCCAAGCCGCCAACUUAACCUCCUGGAAGUGAUGCCACUUUCAGAGGAGGAUGCGCGAGCCUAUCGCAGCGCAGUUGGCAGUGCCAUUUACCUUUCUGCGGACCGAAGAGAUAUCCAGUUUGCCACGAAAGAGUUGGCCAGAAGGAUGUCCAAUCCCAGGGAAUGCGAUUUGAAAGCUGCCAAGAUACUAGCAGCCUACCUAAACCGCCAUCCAGAGAUGUACACAGUGGUAGCUCUGGAAGCGGGAGCCACCGCCCAGAACGAGCUGACCCUGGACCUGUUCACGGACUCGGACUGGGCCGGAUGUCUCGAGACGAGACGCUCCACCGACUGCUACAUUGCCGUGCUUGGAGGAGCUGUAGUGGCUUGCGGGUCACAGACGCAGCCGGGACUCCCAGCAACUAGCUCGCCUGAUGCUGAGCUGCGUGGCGUGAGCAGGGGGGCGCGAGAAGCUCUCUUCAUAAAGGAGCUGGCCACGAUCGACUUCGGGCUGAAGGUCAAGAAGCCUAAGCUCUGGACCGAUUCGAGCUCAGCUCAGGCGGCAGCCAGGAGGAUCGGGCCAGGAUCCAAGCUUCUGCGAGUUCUAUGUGCAAGGAGCGAUCCAAGCUGGAAAGCUUAG